CCUCCAAGCCCUGUCAUGGCGGCGUCCAGUGUGCAAGCUGGUGUGAGGAAACGCGAUGCUGGGCUUUUUGUCCGCGCGACAAGCGGGUUUGGAAGACCCUGUGCGCUUCCGGAGAGCGGAGUCCACACGGAGGGUUUUGGGACUGGAGCUAAACAAAGACAGAGAUAUUGAAAGAAUCCAUGGCAGUGGAGUUAACACCCUUGACAUUGAACCUGUUGAAGGGAGAUAUAUGUUAUCAGGUGGUUCAGAUGGUGUGAUUGUACUUUAUGACCUUGAGAACUCCAGCAGACAACCUUAUUACACAUGUAAAGCAGUGUGUUCCAUCAGCAGAAACCAUCCUGAUGUUCACAAAUACAGUGUGGAGACUGUUCAGUGGUAUCCUCAUGACACAGGCAUGUUCACAUCAAGCUCAUUUGAUAAAACUCUGAAAGUAUGGGACACAAAUACAUUACAAAUUGCAGAUGUAUUUAAUUUUGAGGAAACAGUUUAUAGUCAUCAUAUGUCUCCAAUUGCAACUAAGCACUGUUUGGUAGCAGUUGGUACUAGAGGACCCAAAGUAAAACUUUGUGACUUAAAGUCUGGAUCCUGUUCUCACAUUCUGCAGGGUCACAGACAGGAAAUCUUGGCAGUUUCUUGGUCACCACGUUAUGACUAUAUCUUGGCUACUGCAAGUGCUGAUAGUAGAGUAAAACUAUGGGAUGUGAGGAGAGCAUCAGGAUGUUUGAUUACUCUUGAUCAGCAUAAUGGGAAAAAGUCACAAGCUGCUGAAUCAGCAAACACUGCUCAUAAUGGGAAAGUUAAUGGCUUAUGUUUUACAAGUGAUGGGCUUCACCUCCUCACUGUUGGUACAGAUAAUCGAAUGAGGCUCUGGAAUAGUUCCAAUGGAGAAAAUACACUAGUGAACUAUGGAAAAGUUUAUAACGACAGUAGGAAAGGAUUGAAAUUCACUGUCUCCUGUGGCUGCAGUUCAGAAUUUGUUUUUGUGCCAUAUGGUAGCACCAUUGCUGUUUAUACAGUUUACUCAGGAGAACAGAUAACUAUGCUUAAGGGACAUUACAAAAAUGUUGACUGCUGUGUAUUUCAGUCUGCUUUCCAGGAACUUUACAGUGGUAGCAGAGACUGCAAUAUUCUUGCUUGGGUACCAUCCUUAUGUGAACCAGUUCCUGAUGAUGAUGAGACUACAACCAAAUCACAGUUAAAUCCAGCUUUUGAAGAUGCCUGGAGCAGCAGUGAUGAGGAAGGAUGAGUAUCAACCUUUAGUACCUUUUUGUCUCUACUGACGAAACUUUUAAAACAGCACUGUUUGUGUGAGAUAUUUUUAACUGUCCACUCAGUUACUGACAAUUAAAUUAGCUUUGAAUUUGGAUGACACUUUUUCAUCAUUUUUUAAAAAUGAGGUUAAUAUUUGUGUAAAGUCCUGAAACAGUCUUCCAUACAGUUUGUUUAAUCAAAAUUUGACUGUUCAAUCCCAGUUGCUGUUACUACAACAACUGUUACUACAAUAUAAUACAACUGUUACUACAAUAUAAUAGCAGAAGUCGUGUCUCAAUUGAAAUUAUGAACAGAUUGUCAAACUUGUGUAUUCUUUCUUAUAUAUUCAUAUUUUGCUAUGAUUUCAUUUAACUGUAGAUCAUCUAGAUUUAUGUUAAACAGCUUUGGACUUAUUAUCUUCUGCCGUCCAAAUAGCACAUCACAGGAGGCUUUUAAGUGGGUGACAUCCCACGUUUGCUUUAAGUCAGAAACAUCUUGUACUCAUGCUUAAACUCCUUUCUAUGAACUCACUAAGCUGUGAUCAAGUCCUGUUUCAUUCAUCCAAGCAGAAAAUGUCCCAGCAGGGAAUCUGGCUUAAACAUGAAAUGUUGUCAUAAAAUUUCUAUUUUAUUCUCCCCUUUUCUUGUGUCAACCCACAAAUGAUUAUUAUGAAGCUAACAUUUUUUCCUUUCUUUUUUUUU